AAUAAGAAUCAUUUAGUUGCGGAGGGUCGUACACACGUGCAGUGAUACGGAGCAGAGAGGUGUACAUCUGUCUAGUGUUUGUGAUUAUGGCUCUCGGUUCUCAGGUGGAAAGUGCUGCAGAAAAUGGAAUUAAUGGAAUGGAGAAACAUGCAUCGCGAAGUGGAAAAUCUGAUGAUUCUAGUUGUUCCUUUGGCAAGAAAGGCAGCUUUCGUGCUGAGUCCUUGGACAAAUUGUGCAUGGAAGAUGCUCCUGAAGAAUUCAGCGGUCUUCUGCAAAUUGGUCGGUUGAGUGCAUUCAGUUAA